UACAGUGCACAAAGUAAGUGUUCCAUCAUGUUAUUAAUUUAGCACAAUUUACUGAAUAUCUGGUAUAUACAGCAUUUGUGUAAGACUUUGAAGGGUAUACCAAGAUUAAUGAAGUGAGGUGCCUGCCUUCAAGGAACUUGGCUUUUUCUUAGGCAGUGGGAAAUGUGAACAGUAAGUAAUCAAGUAUCCAAAGAGGUAAGGGGCUAGAUGCAAAUUCUCUACUUGAUUCUUUGAACAGCCACCAUGGACAAGACCCAAGGUAAGACAUGUUUUCACUUAACCCUUAAAACUUGUCCUCAUUUGGUAAGUGAGGAGACUAGGGCACUAAGAAGGAGGAUAACUUCACAGACAGGUUUGCGUAUUGGCUGUGUACCUAGGAGUCCUACCAAAUGCAUAAUCACUUUUGAUAAUAGAAAAUUAGGUGUAGCUGGUGGUGAGUGGGAGCGGGAUCGCGGCCCCGCCGCUACAUAGGGGCGGCUGUUGCUUAGUUUUUGUCCCAGUUCCCAGCGCAGGCGGUUGCGGCGCUAGGUGUGGUGGCGCCGACGCCGGUUCCCCGGGACUUUUGGUUUUGCGGAGCGGCCCGCGCUUGCCAAGGCCGAGGGGCACGAGUGAACAUGGUUCCCGAGGGCCAGCGGCCUCGUUAGAUCACCCACAGUAUAGAAUUUAAACCUUCUCUCUGAAGUGUGUGGUAAAACUAAAGACGACGAUGAACAACUAAAGGUAGUCUAGAAUUGUGCUCACUAAUAGUAGCAGGACAAAGUUGAGAGAUCUGCUCACUAAUAAUACCAGGACAAAGUUAAGAGAUUGCAACUCAAGCAUACGACUGCUAUGAAGAUGUUUGAUAUUAAGGCUUGGGCUGAGUAUGUUGUGGAAUGGGCUGCAAAGGACCCAUAUGGCUUCCUUACAACAGUUAUUUUGGCCUUUACUCCACUGUUCCUAGCAAGUGCUGUACUGUCUUGGAAGUUGGCCAAGAUGAUUGAGGCCAGGGAGAAGGAGCAAAAGAAGAAACAAAAACGUCAAGAAAAUAUUGCAAAAGCUAAACGACUAAAGAAGGAUUGAAGGAAUGAACAGGCUCCAUGACCAGAGGGAAAAUCAUUUGGAAAAUUACGCAGCUUUGGAAGGACCCACUAAGGUUUCUUUUUUGGAUUUCUCAACAGUAUUACUUAGCAAAGGAAAUUCGACAAAAUGGAAGAAUCAUGCUAAUUCUAACCUCAAUACUGUAGUAACUUUUAGGUUUGGGUAUAUAAGUAUGUUGGUAUCUAUUGACAGUUACUGUAAAUUAGCUUUUACUAUGGUAUAAAUUCUUUAUAACUGACUUAAUCAUUUGCCAUUUUAAUAGUUUACAUACUGAAAAAAAAAUCCUGUGGAGAAAAUGAUUUUAGAUUAUGAACUCUCAAAUUAGCUAUUUAAAAUGGGGCCCUUUUCUAGACAGAGGAAGUCAAGAAUGAACUUGAUUCAAAGGAAGUCAAAAUUGAACUUUAUGAGGUGAAAGGUGUGCAUUGUCUAAAGAGAGAGAUACAGUAUUUUAAUCACAUCUUUUCUCAUUAUUGCUUAUUUCUUAGAAUAAUUCCUGGCUUAAAGCAAAAUAAUAAUUACUUUCUAUUUUCUGCAUUUUUCUGAUAUUUUUUGAGAAAACUGGUACUUAGCAAGACAUUCUGCAUUUUUUAAACCUUGUUUUGUCAAGAAUUGUCUUAACUAUGUAGAAUACCACCUACUGGAUAUAACAGUUUUUGUACUUAGUGAAUGCUGCCAUUUUUUUAUGGACAACUUAAGAAGAGUAAUACUAUGAUUUAUAGCUUUCAAUAAAAAUGCCAAACACUGUAGUACCUUGGAACCAGUACCUUGAAAGUAGAUCUGUAUAAUUAUGUCUUAACAUAUAAUUUUCUGAGUGUACAGACACCAUUUUUGUUUUUUAUUCCACUCUUUAUUUUGAUUUAUAUGGUAGUGUUGUCCAGUACUUUUUGGUCAAACAGGUUCAAAGCAAAAACUAAAAGUUUCACAUUAAAAAAAACAAAAAACUGUUAACAGUUAAGUUAUACUUUAUAACUAUUAAAGGCUUAAAAUUUGGAAAACAUUUUGUUGGCAUUGUAAUCUGGUGAAAAGGAUAAAUUAUGUCAAAGUGAGAAUGUUCUAUAAUUAGAAAUAAAAAGCUAAAGUAUGUUUCUGUCUGUUAAGUAGUAUAACUGGACCAUUUCUCUACUAAACAUGGCUUUUAUAAAUGCCUGGUCCAGUAAUUGUAUUCACUGACUCAGUAUCUAAUAGCUUAUUAACAUCUUUACAACUCUGAUAAUUUUCAGUUAUAAAAAAUUUUAACAGCUCUAAUUUAAAAAUGAAACUAUAUCUCAAAAUAAAUUUGAUACUUUUUGGUAAUGAGGUCCUGAGUUUGUUUGUUUGGAGAGAGGGUAACAGUUUAAAUUAGAUAUGUUAGGCAAGUUAGCCUCUUUGGAUUAUUGGUAAGCAUAUUUGUAAAAGGUUAGGAAAGUGCUUGUCAAAACCUAAGAAGCUCUGAGAAUAUUUAUGGACCAGUUUGAAUAACACAUAAUGCUGUUAUUGUAGGUUAUUAGUUCCUACUUGGUGCCAGUGUGAUUGACAUAUCAAAACUUUAGGUGAUGAAAUAAUGUAGUGUUUAGUUAUGAGUUGGUUAUUCAGGUGAUUUAGGAGAUGUUUAUAUUAUCAUUGAAAUUAAAACUUAAAAGAAAUUCUUCUUUACAACUACCAGCAUAGAACCUUGUUAAAAAAGGGUUAAGAUAUAUCUAAAAUAUUUUUUGGUUUUCUGUUACCAGGCUGUUCAUGGAAAGAAUUUACAUAUAUAUGUCUUACUGGCCACAUUUUAGAAUAAAAGUAUUUGAAGCAAAGUGUAU